AUGUCAGCAGUCGGAAGUGGAGACGAGCCACAGUUGGUCCAAAUUUCCGAAAGUGGGAUUAUGGAAGGGCCUUUAUUGGUCCGUCUUUUCCGGAUUCCCGAUUCAAUCCCCCCUACUCCUCGGCCUCUGUACAAAGCUUGCGACGGCUACGGCAGAGCCUGCCUUACAUGCCACCAGCGCAAAGUGCGUUGUGAUAUUCUCACAAAGGGCUCACCAUGCUCCAAUUGUGAAGCUCAGGGAAAACCAAGCUGCCGCAUUUAUGAAAAGAAGAAGUCGAAGACUACUCAGGCCCAUCAAAGCCGCCGGGUAGUAGUUCCAAUCCAGCCUCGGGGCCACCAGCAACGAGUCGCCACGUCACCAAGAACUCUGAGAGCAAUCAAUACCCGAUGGACAGAUUCUCCCCGUACCCAGGACUCUCAUGCUGAUCAAAGAUCUUCUUUACAAUACGAAAUCAGAGAGCAAGGACACGCUUAUCAGCGACGUGGCCGACACUCAGAAUCAGAACCAACUGCCUUUGGGGAUUACGAAUGCCUCGAUGAACAAGAGACACGAAAUCUAGUGGAUCUCAUUGAUGAAAAAACCAGUAAACCUACUGAGAUCGGUCCGGAUCAUCGCUUAUAUUUCAUUGGCACCGAAUUCUCUAACAUCAAUUACCUGAUUCGACAACGUUCACAACAUAUUGACCUCAAUCAACUUCAUUUCGGGAGCUAUCACCACGCCCGCGAGUCACAUCAUAUACCUGCCGAAGCACUCGAGCUCCCUGAAAAGCCUGUGAUCGAAGAAUUGAUCCAAGCUUACUUCACCCGUGUCAAUCCGGGUUGGCCAAUUAUCGAUGAAGUGGACUUUAUGAACAGAUAUAAGUCCACGGACCCUACAAAGUCCGUUCCACUUGCUCUCCUUCACGCUGUCCUUCUCGUCGGCGCCCAUGUGUUAGCUUCCCCACAUAAUGACUAUAGAUCUCUAAAGUCUCACUGCUUUCGGCAAGCAAAGUUGCUCAUCGAUUCUCGAUUUGAAGAGGACAGAAAGGUAUAUGUUCAGGUUCCACUACUCCUAACUUGCCACUGUGACAAUCUAGAAGACAUUGUUUCCAACUCAUGGUAUUGGAUUGGGUUCGCAACGCGGACGGCAUUGGGACUAGGCAUGCACCGGGAUGCUUCCAAAUCCUCAAUGUCGGCCAUCCACAAACGAGAAUGGGUUCGAUUGUGGUGGGUGCUUUUCCAAUUGGACGUUUUGGUAUCUACAGCUUAUGGCCGCCCUCAAGCCUUGCGACUUGACGAGUCUGAUACUCCCACACUUCAAGAGUGUCAUUUUGAAGGGAUUCCCGGUGCGAACAUUGCUUUUGUAAUGGAACAUACUCGAUUGUGCGUCAUGUUUUCAAAUGCAAUGCGUCGGAUUAUAGCAUUACGAUCUACUCCCGCGGAAAAAGCAGAAGCUAGAAGACAAGCCGACCAAUCUUUGGCUCAAUUCAUCACUCAGUUGCCUGAGUGUCUUCGUUUGCCCCAACCGGAGGCCGAUAAUUGGCAAUCAUUUCUCCACCUCAACUAUAACAACUUCCUUAUUCUUCUUCACCGAUCAUUCGCCAAGCCUGGCCGUAGCCUACAUACUCCUCACGCCCUGAGCGAUUUGAAUAUAUGUGGAGAUGCCGUUGUGGUCAUCACGUCUAUAUAUGAGUUCGUCAGAGCAAGGUCUGCUACAAGCGAAUUACCGAUUCAAUCGUUGUAUCCACUUUUCACUGCCUUGGUUCACGUCAGUUCUGAACUCACGUCAGCUAACCCGUUAGUUGAGGCCAAGUCAAGGCGUAUGCUUCAUUCACUACUGCUCUCACUGCGAGAAUUCUCUUACUUCUGGAUAUACGCGAGGAGUCUCCUCCGGCUAUUCCAGUGGGACAGUCGCCGAGGACAUGAUCAUCGCAAGCCGGAAUAUCCUUCUACAAUUGAUCUCGAAAACGAUCAAACAAAUGUUUCGCAUGGGGAGAGCCUCGAACAUUCAUUGGGUUACGCUCCCAUGGCCGUGUCGACUGUCAUCAACUCUAAUACUGCCGAAAGUCCGAACAACUUGAUGUUCACCCCAUCAUCCACGGCACAGAGAUCGAUGUAUGAUGAUCAAAACCACUCUGGAAUGAACGCGGGUUUUGCUUCCGAAUCGAGAUCGAGAGACCACUUACAAGGACAGUCAUACGAUAUCGGAGCCGAUAUUAGCAAUCUAGAUAUACCAACGGAGGGCUUAGAUAUGAUGCCUUUCCCAUCUGCGUUGGACUUCCUAUUGGCUGGCCUAGGCGACGGGUUUGACCUUUGA